AUGCCCAGGAGCGAGCUGUGGCCAGCGGGGCCUGGCUCGGAACCCGUGACCCGCAUCGGCAGCUGCGACAGCAUCAUGAGCACCGUGUCCACCCGCUCUGGAUCUAGUGACGGCAGCUACGACUUCCUGUCCGCAGAAGAGAAGGAGUGUCUGCUCUUCCUGGAGGAGACCAUCGGCUCACUGGACACUGAGGCUGACAGCGGACUGUCCACUGACGAGUCUGAACAGGACACAGCUCCCCGCGGCCCCCGAGCCCUGCCCGUCACCCAGCCUGCUCCUCAGGGAUAUCCAGGGGAGAAGAUCGUCCCACAAGGACCGGAGCCAAGGACAGGGACUCAGUCCAGCUCACCCCAUCUGCCUGAACCCGAAGGCCUGGGCCUCAGGUCUGGCUCCCAUAGCCUCCCCAGAAAUAUCCACAUCGGCAGGAAGCGGAACCCCGGGGAAAGCACCACUCAGACGAAUAGCCACAUCCCGGGGGAACCUGAGGGGCUUGUCCCAGAGCCCAAGAGAGAGCAGGCCGGCCAAAACGGUGAGCCCAGCCAGGCUCCGGCCGGCCCCCCGACGCCUGCCCUUGGGUUGGACACAGUACCCAUCCCCCCACCAGAGGCCUUUCAGGACAGCCAGCCAGAGCAGCGUGGGGAAGGCGGCCUGGGCGUCCCCAGGCCAGGGCUGCAGAGCCAUACGCCCCGGCUCCAUUCGUCACUCAGCCCCCAGGAGAGGAAGGAGACUCCUUCAGCGGCCAUGUCCCAAAAAGCCAGUGAGAAGGGCUCAACAGGGGGGCCGGGGCAGCCUCAGCCUCCUCCCGCCGCGUCAUCGCAGAGCGCGAGAGCCAGAGAUGCUCCCAUCCCGUCAGGGGGGGACCCCAGUGCCCGGCCAGCGCCCUUCACAGCUCCCAAGCCCCGGAAGCUGCCACCCAAUAUCGUUCUCAAGAGCAGCCGAAGCAGUUUGCACAGCGAGCCCCACCACUGGUUGUCUCGCCACUCCGAGGCCACCGCGGGAGACUCCGGCCUGGCCUCCUCCUCGCUGCAGGAGCAGAAGAAAGCGCGCCGGGAGGCCCUGGAGAAGCUGGGGCUCCCCCAGGACCAGGAUGAACCUGGCCCCCACUUAAGUAAAUGCACCAGCUCCACCCGAUUCAAGGAGACCCAUGCCCAGGCCUCCUUCCAGGCUCCGACUCCAGCCCCGGCCCCGGCUCAGCCGACGCGGCCUGCUCAGGGCACAGCCGCUGCGCCUGCCGGAGGGAAGGCUCCGGCUCCCGCUCCCACUCGGGGACCUUCUCCAGCGAAGCCUCCGGCUCCGACUCCAGCUCAGGGUUCUUCUCCGGACAAGGGGUUGAUUCCUGCCCAGGAGCCCACUGCAGGCAAGGUUCCAGCUGCCAAAUCCAUGCCGAUUCCUAUCCCCAAAGCCCCCGGGGCAGGUGGUCCUCUGGCUCAGGCAAAGGCAGACUCGGGGCUGACUCUCCGGGAGAGCAACGUUCCUGGCCUGAGACAGAUGAGCUUCAAGUCCAACACUCUGGAGCGUUCGGGUGUGGGGCUGAGCAGCUACCUCUCGGCCGAGAAAGACCCCAGUCCCCAAACCAGCACCUCUCUGGGUAAGGGCUCCUUCUUGGACAAGAUGUCUCCCAGCGUCUUGCGUAACUCAAGGCCCCGGCCUGCCUCCCUGGGCACAGGGAAGGACUUCGCCGGGAUCCAGGUGGGCAAAUUGGCUGACCUGGAGCAGGAGCAGAGCACCAAGCGCCUGUCCUUCCAAGGACAGAGCCGCGACAAGCUGCCUCGACCCCCCUGUGUCAGUGUCAAGAUCUCCCCAAAAGGAGUCCCGGAUGAGCACCGAAGGGAGGCUCUGAGGAAGCUGGGACUGUUGAAGGAGUAG